AUGAUCAGAUCAAUCUAUCAGAAAUUCAGUGAGCUGGACUUACUGGAUAAGAAGAAGACAGUGACAGCACUGAAGCCUGGUGAAGAUCGAGCCAUACUUUUGGGUCUUGGAAUGAUCCUGUUUUCUUUCAUGAUGUACUUUGUCCUGGGAAUCACCAUUCUGCGCACCUAUGCUGACAGUGUUUGGACAGAAGAAGGUGUUUGUGUUGUUGUCAACUCCACCGUCACAGCAGAAAUAAACUGUUCCUACAACUGUGGCUCAGACUGCUGGAGAGUCUCCAAGUACCCGUGUCUGCAGGUCUACGUGAGCGUCAACAGCACGGGUGGAGUCAAACGCUUAUCUCACAAUGAAGACACCCAGGACGCCAGCUCUGAGUGUUUCUACUUGCCCAGAUGUCAAAAGGACAGCGUGACCUUACACACCAUGAUAGCAAACAUCUCCGAGCAUCUGAAGGUGAAUCAGCAAGUUCCGUGUUAUUACGACCCAAGCGGUCAUCAGGACAGCGUCCUCCUGACCCGUCUCUAUGACCACAGCAUUGUCUUCCACUUGCUGCUGUGGCCUUCCUGCAUGCUCACAGGAGGCGUCCUCAUCAUUGUGAUGGUGAAGUUCACCCAAUAUCUCUGUAGACUGUGUGAUGAGAUCAGCAAGAUCACCAGGUGAAGAACACGCGGCGCCUGCGAAAGACAAACAUACAUGACUAAACCCACUUGCUGUCAUGUCACAGGAAUUUUAUCUUUUACUGAG